ACCCGCCCGCCAGGUGCACCUCCCAAGAGUCCCGGGGCCGCGGCGUCCCGGGAGGAUUGUCCCUUCUCCCGCUUGCCGGUGCCGCGUCCCUGCGCCCUGUCUGCUGGACGUCCGUGACCCUCAGGACCCAGGAAGCAGCCGGGGACCCCAGGCAUGUCAGGACUUUGAGUCCUGGUGAGAGGCAGGGGCUGUCCCCCAUCGACCUGGCCAACCUGACAUCAAGAUGCUGAGCCUGAAGCAGCCCAGGCUGUUCAGCAUAGACCAGGUGCCCCAGGUGUUCCAUGAGCGGGGCAUCCUCUUUGGCUACCGGCAUCCCCAGAGCUCCGCCACUGCCUGUGUCCUCAGCCUCUUCCAAAUGACCAAUGAGACCCUCAACAUCUGGACUCACUUGCUGCCCUUCUGGUUCUUCGUGUGGAGGUUUGUGACAGCACUGUAUAUGACAGACAUCCAGAAUGACACCUAUUCAUGGCCCAUGCUCGUGUACAUGUGCACCAGCUGUGUGUACCCUCUCGCAUCCAGCUGUGCACACACCUUCAGCUGCAUGUCCAAGAAUGCCCGGCACAUCUGCUACUUCCUGGACUAUGGUGCCGUCAACCUCUUCAGCCUGGGCUCAGCCAUUGCCUACUCUGCAUAUACGUUCCCUGAAGCGCUGGUGCACACCACCUUCCAUGACUACUACGUGGUGCUGGCUGUGCUGAACACCAUCCUCAGCACCGGCCUCUCCUGCUACUCCAGGUUUCUUGAAAUCCAGAAGCCCCGACUCUGCAAGGUACUCCGAGUCCUCGCCUUUGCUUACCCUUACACCUGGGACUCCCUGCCCAUCUUCUACAGGCUCUUCCUGUUCCCAGAUGAGAAUACUGAAAACGAGGCCACCUUGUAUCACCAGAAGCACGUUGUCAUGACCCUCCUGGCCUCAAUCUUAUACUCUGCACACCUGCCCGAGUGCCUGGCCCCUGGAUGCUUUGACUACAUUGGUCACAGCCACCAGCUGUUUCACGUGUGUGUGAUCCUGGCCACGCACCUGCAGAUGGAAGCCAUACUUCUGGACAAGACUCUGAGGAAGGAGUGGCUCAUGGCCGCCUUCAGACCCUUCUCUUUCUCUCAGAUAGCUGUAGCCAUACUUCUGUGCCUCAUCUUUAGCCUCAGCAACAUAAUUUAUUUCUCUGCUGCUCUGUAUCGGAUUCCUGAGCCAGAAUUACAUAAAAAAGAAACAUGAUUCAGACCAUAAGCUUUUUGUGCCAGAUGUCAACAUUAAGCUGUAACACCCCAACUACCGUAAGCCAGUGGCACGGUGCUGGCGUAGGAUGGCCAAAAACAGUUAUAAUGAUUGUUGUCUUGGCAUUUUUGAGUGGGUUUGUGUCAAAAGCAUUUAAAUGAAGACAUUUCUCUAAAUGUGCACUGAUUCUAUAACGUAUGAUUUUUAAAAGGAGAACAUGGACUGAAGCAAGGUGGUAUCUCAUGAAGUUUUAAAGGUGUUGAAAACAAAGUUUUUUCAAUUUAAUUUAAACAACUGGAUUAAGCAUACUGGCCUUGCAGUUUUGUAUUACUCUUUAAAAAUGGAACCUUUAAAAAUGGCUUCAUUUGAUGAAUUUCAUGUAGCACAGCUUCUUUCCCAAGAGCCCAGUAGUAGCUUGUCAACUGUGGGAAGAAUGAGCAGGAAAGAUCUUUAGGAGGACCUGAGAAAGAGGAAGUUGGGUCUUUGGGAGCCCUGUGGACAGGGUAAAUGUUCCAGAAUGAGGAGGGAAUGAACUGUAAAGUUCUUUUCCCACAAGUUCAUUCUGUUUUCAAGGUGGAAG